AUGCACACUACUUAUGAUUAUUCAGAUGUUGUUCCUGCAAAGAUAAACACCGAGGAACCUCAACUUUGUCAAAUUCUUUAUGAUGAAGAAUAUAAAAAUGUAAUGGGAAUUUUACUUGCCAUGAUGCAAAAUCAAGAAUAUUCUGAAAGAGCUUUAGCAAUUACUGAAAAGGGAAUUGAAUUAUUAGCUUCUCAUUAUACUAUUUGGAUAUAUCGUUUUAAUAUUCUUAAACAACUUAAUAAUGAUUUAUUUAAUGAAUUAGAUUGGUGUGAACAAAUUGCUCUUGAUAAUGAAAAGAAUUAUCAAAUUUGGAAUUAUCGUCAAUUAAUAAUUAAAAGAAUAUUGGAAAUUACUGAUGAAUCUUCUUCUAAAAAAUUUGAUCCUCAUCGUGAAUUCCCAAUUAUGGAAGCAAUGUUAGAUUCUGAUCCCAAGAAUCAUCAUGUUUGGUCUUAUCGUAAGUGGUUAGUUGAACAAUUUGAUUUAUAUCAUGAUGAAAGAGAAUUAGCCUUUGUUGAAGGUGCUAUGAAUGCUGAUUUAAGAAACAAUAGUGCUUGGUCUCAUCGAUUCUUUUUAUUCUUUAGUAGAAAAUUAUUAACUGAUAAAGAAACAAUUGAUAAAGAAAUUGAAUAUUCAAAAGAUGCCAUUAAAAAAUCACCUCAAAAUCCAAGUACUUGGAAUUAUUUAUUAGGAAUUCAUCUGAGAUUUAAUAGAGAUAUUUCUAAUUUGGAAGAAUUCUGUAAAACAUUUGUCGAUUUGGUUAAUGAUAAAGUUGAAAGUUCCUUUGCUUUGGAAACAUUGGCAAAGAUUUAUAAAGAUCAACAGAAAUAUGAUGAUUCAAUUGAAAUUUAUGACUUGUUGAAAGAUAAAUUUGAUCCAAUUAGAAUUAAAUUUUGGGAAUAUCAAAAAUCAACUAUUCAAGCCUUGAAGGUUUGA